AGGGUGUCCUGCUGCUCGAUGUUAUAGGCUCCAGCACUCGCGCGACCCUUGUGAGGAUAAGCGUCUCAGAAAAGGGAUGAAUGCAUAUCGUCUAAAAACAUAAAGACACUCUUUCAAGAGUUGUAAGGGUGCUGGCCCUUUAAGAAAACAGGUGCUUCGGUGACAGGUGACCGUGGGGACAAACCGGAAAUGACGUCAUCGUCUUAGCCGAGAGACGCGAGUAUGUCUUUAACCGGGUACCAAAAUGCCCAUGAAUACAACACGCCUGGGGCGUCCUGACUGGAGACACGAUGAGACAACUUCUGGCUUUCUUCGUCGGGCUCUCACUGACAGUUCUUGUACAGCCCCAGGACCAGAUAGGAAUCCAGUUCCAGACAGACCCUGUGCUCGUACUGAGUGGCACCGAGAUUCAGUUCACUGUGCUGACUGCCCCCAACGUGCUGUCCAUGACGUGGCUGUACGAGGGUGUCACGCUGGGUCUGUUCGCCGGCGGCUCCCCGGUCAUCAACCAGGUGCCGCAGUUUCUCGGCCGGGUCACCAUCACGGCAACGCAGCUCCGUAUUGGAAGCGCCCAAUUGGGGGAUGCCGGGAUAUACACCGUGGAGGUGGUCCCACUUGCCUCCACAGGUCUGACGCCCAACUCCAGAUCGGUACCUCUGAGGGUUUUUGACGCCGUGUCCGGUGUGACGGUUUCUGUGCCGUCGGCGGCGACGGAAGGCGUGAACAUUACGUUAACGUGCACCUCGGGCGGCACGGAGCUCACCUUCCAGUGGGGAAAGGACGGCGCUGCGGUCACCGAAGACGGCAGGAUCACCAUCGCCGGCGGCUCGCUGGUCAUCAACCCGGGCCAGCGGGCCGACGCAGGAGACUACACGUGCACAGUCAGCAACCAGACGGACCUGACACCCCAGUCUUGACCAAGGACGCCCCCAAAGACUGCGUGGGUAGCACAGACGUCGAGGCGGGCCAGGUCUUGCGUCUCACCUGCUUGUCGGACUCGCUGCCCCCGGCCCUCUUCACGUGGCAACGCGACGGCGAGCCCGUGGGGUC